AUGGCUGCACAACAACAAGAACUAGAUGAGAAGAACCCAUUCUAUGAGUUAGUUGUCAUUUGUAGUACUUCUGGUCAAUUUGACCAAACCGUCAAUUCGUUCAAAGAUAUUAUAAAGAAGUCUAAGUUAGUAUGUAUAAAAGACUCUGAGUUGUUAGAUUGGAUAAAGAAGUACCAAAGAAGGGUUUUGAAGUACAAUGCUAUAAAUGAGUAUAUAAAUUCGAAGUUUAAAGACCCAAAUGAGGAAAUGCAGAGAAUAUUAGAGAAGAAACACUUCAGAAACAAACAGAAAGAGAUAGAAUACAUUUCGAAGAAAUUGCAAUCUUACGAUUGGAAGACUUACCCUCAUAGAUGUCUUCUUAUCUUAGAUGAUUUCGCCUCUCAUCCUUUGUUAAAGAACAGAGAACAAGACAUGUGUCGAAUUCUUAAGAAGCUCAGACACUUUAACAUCUCAGUUGUCAUUUGUGUACAGACAGCCAAGAGUUUAAGUAAGGAUGUAAAGAGAAUACUUACUGACAUUGUACUUUUCCCCGGAUUGUCCGAAGACGAUUUCAUGGAACUUAUGAAAGAGUCCAUGGCAGGUAAGUUUGACAGACAUGAACUAUGGGAGAAGUACAAAGUCAUACAAGACCCUCAUACUUCUUUCAGAAUUCAUAUCUACGCAAACAAAGUUCAAAUUGUAAAAAGUCAAGCGUAA